AUGGUUCACAAAGCUGCCUUCUUACGUCAUUUCAUAGGGGGACAGCGUCCAAAAAGGCUGACAGACCAGUUACUCACCAUUAGGCAAGGAGAGAAGGAAACUCUAAGGUCGUACGUAAAACGCUUUACUCAGGAGACUCUAGAAGUGGACGAAGCCGAUGACAAGGUGCAGCUGACGACCUUCAAAGCGGGACUGAGAUCCAGAGAUCUCGUGGCCUCCCUCACAAAGAAUCCACCAAAAACGAUGGCAAAAAUGCUCCUAAAGGCACUGAAAUACAUGAAUGCUGAGGAUGCUUUGGCAGCCAUAAAGGAUGUAGGGAAGCAGGAGACAAGGCAAAGAAAGAAGAUGACCAUAGGGGUCAAAAGAGAGAGCAUCCAGAUCGUCGGAACAAUGACGGGAACAAGAAGAGAGAUGAUAAAGGUCCUCGGACGGUAA